AUGGGUACUCACUCUUCAAAUAUUUUUGGAGACACUAGAGCCAUAUAUGUUAUUUCCUAUAUUAUCGCCAGACUUACAUUUGUUUUGCAAUAUUUUUUAUUGGCGAGUUGGAUACCAAUGUUUAGAAUUUCUUUAAUUACAAGCGCGUGGGGAAUAUUUAUUCCUUGUGUACUUUGGGUUAUUACUAUAUUUAUUUCAUCUGAAAAAGCAAUUCCUUUAUUGUGGAGUGCUAUUGUGUUUGAAAUAUUUUGGACGGCUUUUGUGCCAGUUUAUAAAAGAUAUGGAGCAAAAAAACAAGCAAAAAAACAAGGAAGUGAAGAUUUUGAAAGAGUUGAUACAGCGACUUCUUUUACACCGCAUAAAGCUAUGAGAACAAGAGGAACCGAAUAUCAAUGGAGAUGGAUUGAACUUUUUUCAUUAUUUAAAAUUGUGGAUUAUAGACCUGCUAUAAAUAUUGAACACUGGAGUGAAAGAUUUGGUAUUUUUGCUAUCAUUUGUUUAGGUGAAAGUGUAUUUGGAAUUGUUUAUUCUAGUUUGAAUCCAAAUCUUGAUGCACAACUUGGAAAGUCGAUAUUAGCAGUUUUUAUAGCCUAUAAUUUACAUUGGAUAUAUUUUGAUGUGGAUGCCAGUAAACAAUUUUUACAUGCUCUUAGAAGGCAUGUAGUUACCGGUGUUUUAUUUGGAUUUGUUCAUUUACCUUUGAAUAUGUCUUUGAUCGCAUUUGGUUCAUCAUUAAGAAUUAUAAUCCAAUUAAGAGAUUUUCCAGGAGCAGAAAAUAUUCCAUUACCUGGCGUACAUGGUGUAGGAAAAGAAAAUGAAGGACACGAUGAAAAAUUGAAAAGAGCUGUACCAGCAAGCACAGAUUCCGCUUCAGAGUUUCCCGCAUCUUUACGAUGGUUAUUUUGUGCAUCAUUGGCUAUAACAAUAUAUUGUAUGGCUGCGAUUGGAAUACUACAUAAAGGUUUAGAUUCGGAGAUUGAUUUAAGAAUUUCGAAGGGGUAUAGGAUUGCACUAAGAAUGAUUAUAGCAACAAUAAUUGUAUUUCUUCCAUUAUCAGAAUUAACUUCAUUAAAUUUGGUGAUAAUAACAUCAAUGUUAUCUUUAGUUUUGGUAUCAGUAGAAACAUAUGGAAGAUUAAGUAAGAAUCAACCAUUAUUUGGCAAAUGUGAUGAAGAUAUUAUUUCUAGUAAAGGAAGAAAAUAUGUUAGAUGGAAAUGGGGUCUUAAUAAUCUUAAUCAAAAAGGUUGGACUACUGGUAUAUUAAAAAGAAGAAAGAAAAGUAAUGGUGAAAUUGUUGAAGAAAAAAUUGAUGACAAUAAUGAUGAUAUUGUUAAUGAAGAAACUAAUGUUGGUAUGACAAAAAAAGAAAAUAUGAAAAAUUAUAAAUAUAAAGAUGAAAGUUGUCAUAUGCCUUGCACAAAUUAA